AUGACGAGAUUCUCUGUAGAUAUAUGGUCUGACUGCUGGUAUCUACACGAGCUCCAACAGUUGGAACUGGAUCGUUGGCAACGCCACCAUCAGAAACGUCCAGCUCUGGUAUUACAUAUCAGACGAUUAUCUGAAUUUCUAUUCGAGUCCUCCGAAUUUCGACGACUUUGUUCCGUUUGGGGGAUGGACAUUUCCAACAGCGAAGCAGUUCGAUAUGAUGGUUUCACCUUGUGGAAUCGAGAUGGACAGAGACAUCUACAACACAUCAUCGGCAACGGUCGCUGA